UGAGAUCUUUCCACAACUAUCAGUCACAUGAUGACUUACAGCCACAGAUGCGACUGGGAGAUUUUGAAUUUAUUAAUAGGGGUCGUGGGCAGAGGUUGAGACCUUUUGAUGAUCACCAGCCUCACAAUGACUUACAAACAGAGGUGCAACUAAAAGAUUAUGAUAAUAAAGGUCCCGGACAAAGGCGCAGAACUUUUCAUGACCAUCAGCCUCAUGAUGAUUUACAGGAACAGAGUCAGCUGAAAGAUUUUGAUUAUGGUAAUAAAGGGCAUGGAAAAAGGCCAAGACCUUUCCAUGAUCAUCCAGGUCACAAUGACUUGCCACGUGAAUGGUGUGCAGACAGAAAUCAAUCUUUUUCUUCCCAUGAAAAUGUCACAGAACCUCAUUUCUCCUCAUCUCCUUCACUUCACAGAGAUUAUGGGUCUGAUAAUGAUGACUUUAACAGAAGUUAUAGUAAUCGACCAAAUUGUCCUGAAGACAAUAGGAGAAUGCAUCCCUCAGAUGAAUUUAACAGAGGGAAAAGCAGAUUUGCACCAUAUUCUUCACGAACGAUGCAUCCAUCUUCAUCUGUACACCAAGAAGAUAGUUCAGUAGACUAUGAAAGAAAACAUUUUCAAGGUGAAACUGCCAGAGAGAUGGAACAAAGAAAAAGAUUACCAGUAGUAACAGUUGAUUACAAUUAUGGUCUGCCAUUAGAUUAUGGACCUGAAGAGGAAGAGAGGACACAUUAUGAUUUACCUCCAAGAGACCGCUACAACUGGAACUGAAUAAAAUGGACAAUGUUUGCUCAGAGUAGACUUACCCAUUUUACUUUGUAUGUGGACCAAUUUAUUUUUUUAAAAAACAAAUUAGGAAAAGGCAAAUUUCAGUAGUAGAGAACUG